AUUACAUUCUUGCCUUCAUUUUUGGUGGAUAUUUUGGAAAGAAAUGUUUAUCAUCUAAAAGCUAAAAAGAUGGUUACCACUAGUAUUGAGCGCUUAAUCAAUCCAUCCCGUCCGUCCAUCAAUUGAACUGUAGUAACUGUUAGCUCUCAUGGCGACUGGCUUAGCUCCUUCUUCCGUCUCAGGUACAGCUCAUUUGAAGACACAUGAAGUUAGGUCUGCGAAGUCCUCUUCAUUUGUCAAGACAUCAGUAACAAUUCAGAGGAAGUUGAAUCAUCAAAAAACCAGUAGCAACUUCGCCAUUCGGGCAGAGUACAAGGAUCAGAGACGUGCUGGUGGCAGUGAAUUCAUUGCUGGACUCCUUCUGGGAGGUGCAAUAUUUGGAACGCUUGGAUAUGUUUUUGCCCCACAGAUAAGAAGAUCACUGCUAAAUGAAGAUGAAUCUGGUUUCAGAAGGGCCAAACGACCAAUAUACUAUGAUGAAGGUUUAGAGAAAACCAGACAGACCUUAAGUGAUAAGAUAGGCCAACUCAAUUCUGCAAUUGACAAUGUCUCUUCCCGGUUGAGAGGUAAGGACAAUAUGCCUCAAGUGCCCAUGGAGACUACUGACCCCGAAGAAGCCACCAUGUAAGAUCUACAUCAACUUAGUUCUGUUUUUGUACAAAUGGUAAUAGAAUAGAAUCCAGGAAACACAAAUUUUUUGCAGACUUUUGAAUGAAACUUAUUGCAUCAACACAGCAUAGUAUUUGAAUGA